AACCAUUUUGUUCAAUUUGUUCAAUUAUGAAAUUCCCAAUAUAUAUUGUUUUAAUCCUUGUUUUGCUUGGUAUUGUAAGCCACGGAGCCGAAGGACGAAACCGUAAUUUUAAACCAAAAGAAGAAGAAGAUUUGGAGCUUGAAAGGCAACUCAACAUCUUGAAUAAGCCACCUAUUAUGAGCUUCAAGAAAAAUGGCGAUUUAAUUGAUUGCGUAGACAUUUACAAACAACCUGCUUUUGACCACCCGUUACUUAAAGAACAUAAGCUUCAGUUGAGACCUAGCUCUAUUCCCAAAGGAAUGAAAUUGAGAAGAGAAAAGAAUUCAAGAUUACCUAUUCAAAGGGAAAUUGAGGGGUGUCCUUAUGGAACUGUGCCUUUCAAGAGGGUUACAAAGGAAGAUUUGAUUAGGGCUAAAACAGCUUUGGCCCUUAACCAUUCAAGACCCGUCCCAGAAUCGGUACCUCAUGCAACAAACGUGCACUUUGGACUAGUUACAACUCCAACAAAUGAUCCCUCCAAACAAAUAUAUGGAGCAGCAAUAUCAAUCAGCGUGUAUAAUUUGACAGAUCAAAUUAGUUCCCAAAUAAGUCAGGCUCUAUUGUGGAUUGGAUCCGGCAUUCAAGGUUCAUAUAGCGGUAUAGAAUACGGGUGGACGGUGAAUCAAGGAUUAUACGGGGAUGGUCUAUCGAGAACCUACAGUUUGUGGACUGGAGAUGGUCUUCAAAACACAGGAUGUUUUAAUGCUGUUUGUCCAGGAUAUGUUCAAGUGAGCCAAAAACGGAUUAUGGGUGAAGCUAAUCAUCCAGUUACAGUUCCUGGUGUAGAUGUUUAUGCCAUGGAAUUCAAGAUCUUCAGGGAUCCAAACACAAGCAACUGGUGGCUGUUUGAGAACCUAGGCGAUACAGCAGACGAACCGGUAGGUUACUGGCCAAAAGAGCUGUUUCCGGCAAUGGCGGAUUCAGCACACGUAGUGCAACUAGGAGGCAAAGUCUCGACCCCCUUAAACGUACCCAAUCCUGCAGGAAUGGGUUCAGGAACAUACGUACCUGACGACUUCACAAGAACUUGUUAUGCUUCAAAUAUCCAGUUUGUUGAUUCCAAUUUCCAGUUUUAUGAACCAAAAGAUGAGAGAAUGACUGUGGUUGCUGAUGUUCCUGGUACAUAUGAAGCUCAUUACUUAGGAGAUGCAGAAAAGGAACAUCCUAAAAGAGGGUAUACCUUAUUGUUUGGAGGACCUCACUACUUAUAA